GCUCAGCAGGAUUAUUGCAUACGUCACGUGUGUCAUUAAAAGGCAAUUAUUGGCGCAGCUGAUCCUGCUGAUUGCAAAAGAAUGGGGCCUUUGUCAAAAUUAUUUUCAUAAAACGAUUUGCGGGAAAAUCCGGAUUUUGCAAUCAAGUAGCUGUCAAACUCCGGUGUUUCAGAUCAAAAUUGUCAAAAAUCCCCAGUUUGAAAAAAAAUGUUGGCAAAACCGUCCCUAUUAGUACCCCUCCAGUCCAGCCGCCUCCUGCAACUACUCGCCCGCCUUUGCCAUGGCAAAGCCCCCGACAAGCCCGCCCCCAAAAAAUCCGACCUCGAAGUUUGCACAAUCGCCGAGUGCAUGGUCGACCCCUGCAAGCCUGAACCUGCCGUCGUGAUCGUCGGCGCAGGAAUUGCAGGAUUAUCAGCAGCCCAACGUUUAGCCCAAUGCGGCUUGACGAACUUUACAGUCCUGGAAGCUACCGACAGGCCAGGCGGCAGGAUUCAUUCCUGCUGGCUAGGCGACGUCAUCGCGGAAAUGGGAGCACAGUUCAUAGAGGGCGGCUGUAUCGGCAAUCCGGUUUAUAAUCUAGCCGCCCAGGAGGGGCUCUUAAAGCCGCCCCUGCAAAGGGCCAAACCCUUGAGUGGGAUUUUUUGUACCAGCGAUGGGCGGGCUAUUGACCAGCCGGUGGCCGUUUUGGCCUAUCAGACUUUCAAGCAGAUAGAGCACGAAGCGGCCAGUCUUUUUAGUAUGGGCGGCGCGAAACAACAUGGUUCGCUUUUGAAUUUCUUGAGUUUAAGGAUUCAGCAGGAGUUGCAGAACUUCCCCGAUGAGCAAAAGUACGACGUGGCGAGGAUUAUGUACGGGUUGACUAAUGCAGUUAGGACAAAAUGUGGCGAGGACUUGAGUCAAAUAAGUGCCGACAAUUACGGCAGUUUCAUCCAAAUUCCGGGCGGUCAAAUCCGGAUUCCUCUCGGCUUCAUCGGCGUCCUCUCCCCCUUGAUGCGUGAACUCCCCGAAAACGCCCUCCGCCUGAACAAGCCCGUGGGUAACAUUCGAUGGGGCGCCGUCCAGGCCCGUAACAAAGGGGGCCCCCGAGCCGUAGUCCAAUGCUGCGACGGCCAGGAGUUCCCCGCCGAUUACGUCAUCCUCACCGUAUCCCUAGGAGUCCUCAAGGAACACGCCGACAAGAUGUUCUGUCCCGCUCUCCCCUCCAGCAAAAUGGAAGCCAUCAACAACAUCGGCUACGGGAACGUCGAUAAAAUCUUCCUCGACUACGACCGGCCUUUCUGGGUCUGGUGCGAGGGCGGCAUUAAUUUCGCCUGGUCUCCAGAUGAACUCGCGAAUAGGACCGACUGGACCAAAGGCCUCAGCGCGAUCGAGGAAGUGCACGGGAGCAAGCACGUCCUCUGUGCGUAUAUUUCCGGCCCAGAGGCGGCCAUUAUGGAACAUGCGAGUGACGAGGAGGUGGCGGAAGGGAUUACCAGGAUUUUGAGGCAGUUCACAGGGGAUGCCUCCCUGCCGUAUCCGUCGACGGUGUUGAGGUCCAAAUGGGCAACGGACCCGUUUUUCUGCGGGUCUUACAGUUACAUGGGUCUGAAUUCACACGUGGGGCACCAAUGCGACUUGAGUUGCCCGGUUCCGGGCACGUGUGAGCCCAUCCCGCCCAUUUUGUUGUUUGCAGGAGAGGCCACGUGUGCUGGACACCACUCGACGGUACAUGGGGCAAGGCUGAGUGGAAUCAGGGAGGCAGAAAGGGUGAUCCAGUUGACGAAGUCAUAUGGAGGGCCGCCACCGUCGAUUUAACAGAGGGUCGGUUGUUUGGUUUUUUUGAGUAAAUUGGUCAGUGUCUAGUCCCGUAUUUUAAUAAAAGUAUCCAACUGA